AUGUACGGUGGCGGAAUUGGGGUGGCGGAGGAAGCGCCGCUGCUGGCGGCGCACGGGCGGAGCGCCGGCGACCGCAACGCCAAGUCCUACCUCCGCUGCGCGUCCUACGCCAGCGACGAGCUCCGCAGCUUCCGCUCGUGGCUCCGGUGGAUGUGCGUCGACCAGUCGGGCCCCUGGCGGGCGGCGCUCUCCUGGGGGAUGUUCCUCGUCCUCGCCGCCGCCGUGCCGCUCACCUCCCACUUCGUCGUCGUCGUCGACGCCGACCGCGAGGGGCGGCGCCGCCACGCGAGCUACGACGCCGUCGUGCAGCUCUCGCUCACCUCCGUCGCCGCGCUCUCCUUCGUCUGCCUCUCCGCUUUCUUCCGCCACUACGGCCUCCGCCGCUUCCUCUUCCUCGACAAGCUCUGCGGCGAGAGCGAGACUGUCCGCCAAGGCUACACCUUCCAGCUCAACGUAAGCGGCCCGCCUCAUCUCCUUUCUCCAGAGAUGCAGAUUUCUUCUUCGGUUUUCUCCAGAGACCAUAUAUAUAUAUAUAUAUAUAGAUGGUAGAACACUCUGCAUCUUAGUCUUAGCCAGGGAUGGAGAUUUCUUCUUCUGGGUUAUAUAAUUGGUGAUCGAUCUUAUGGCUCAUGAAAUCGAUGUGAAAUAACCCAAUGAAUCUGCCAUGGGAUGAAUCACCGAGGAUCGACUGAAGAUCUUUGAGAAGUUAUAUCAGUUUUUCCUUUGGAAUAUCCACUGAGAUGCUGAUUCGUCGGUUCAAUCUGGUGCUUAUGAAUCCUGGGCCUUUUCCCAUAACUUCUUGUUAGUUUGUAGCUUAUAUAAUUCGGUUGAUGUGAACCCACUCUUGUAGCUACACCUGAAUUUGCCAAACAUCAUGGUUUAGUUUAAUUCAUUGCUUCUCUGGCUCGUAAUUUUCUAUUUACCUAUCGUCUACGCCAACUGAAUUCCUUGAUCUUGAGAUAUAUCUUAGGAAAUUUGCUUUGCUUGUCUAAUCACCUGGAAUGUUGGUCAAACCAGCGGUGUAUAAAUAUACCCUUCUUCUUGAGAGCCUUCAGUUUAGCUGCCACAGUCGUUGUUGGGAACUCAAGGCUGAGAUUAAGAUGCAAAAUAUUCAAUCUUAUGAUAAUAAAAUAUGGAACUUGUGAUCGUUUUUUUUUUUUAAUUUCCAUAUUUGGUUAUCACAGUCAUUGUUGUGAAGUCAAGCCUAAGAUUAAGAUGCAAAGUAAACUCUAGUUUAUGCUAAUAAAAUAAAUAUGGAACUCGUGAUCUUGAUCUUUUUCUUUCUUUCUUUCUUUCCAUAAUAGUUUGCUAUCACAGUCUUCUUGAAAGAGUCUGGUUAGAUAUCACAGCCGUUGUUGGGAAUCAGGGCCUAAGAUUAGGAUGCAAAGUCAAGUCUAGUUUAUGGUAAUAAAAUAAAUUUGGAGCUUGUGAUAAAAUAUAAAUAUAUUUAUCUUCUUCUUGCAUAUUUUGCAGAGGUCCUUCAAGUUGCUGUCGAUGUUUGUGCUGCCGUGUUUCGCAGCAGAGUGUGGGUACAAGAUCUGGUGGUACUGCAAGGGGGAAGGGCGCAUCCCCUUCUUGGGUAACCCCUACGUGAGUGAUGCUUUGGCUUGCAUUCUGGAGCUAUGGUCCUGGCUGUACAGAACGUCCAUCUUCUUCUUGGUUUGUGUGCUCUUUCGGCUCAUCUGCCACCUCCAGAUCCUCCGCCUCCAGGACUUUGGACUUGUCUUCCAGGACGAGUCGGAUGUGACGUCUAUCUUAGCGGAACACCUGCGCAUCCGUCGGCAGCUCCGCGUAAUCAGCCACCGUUUCCGCUCGUUCAUCGUCACCUGCCUCAUCGUCAUCACUCUUUCUCAGCUUGCUUCCCUUCUUCUUACUACCCGCUCAAAGGCCGAGGUCAAUCUCUACAACGCUGGCGAGCUGGCGGUAUGCACAGAUAAAUCACUCUUACCCAGUUUCUUUUCCUCUUUUUUUUUUUUAAAUAAAAAAUAAAAAUCUUUUUUUGGCAAGUUAUGAAACUAAAUUGAUGGAGAUCAUGGAUCUCAGAAUGGUUCGCAUUGGUCGCUUUCUCUCUCAGUUGACUUUCAGUGCUCCAAAACGUAUACCUGCUUUCUGUUCCUUUGCUCUGCCUCUUAGGAUGAGAUACCAUAUGCAUAAAGUUUUAUCCAUAGAUAACCUUAUGGUAAGUAAUCACAUAUGUGGAGCUGGAUGACGCCAUUUUUUGCUUCAGAAAAAAGAAGAAGAGGAAAACUGCCGUUGACCCAUUUGACCUUUAGGAAGGAAGUGAGACAUCACACUAGUUUUGAUGCCAUUUUAGGAUUUCUUCUCGCGUUAUUGUCCUCGUUUGCAUAUUUUGCUUAGAUCUGUGAUUCUCUUGUGCGACCUCUUCUUGCAGCUCUGUUCCGUUGGACUGGUGACUGGGAUCCUCAUAUGCCUAAGAAGCGCAACAAAGAUCACGCACAAAGCGCAGGCGAUCACCAGCCACGCUGCCAAAUGGCACGCGUUCGCCACCGUCGAGUCCUUCGACCCAGAAUCCGAAGCGCCUCUCCGGAUCCCUUCCGGCCGCGUCCAUCCUCUCUACGGCGCCGCCGAGUCGGACUACGAUGAACUCGGCGACGAGGAUGACCUUGCGGACACCAACCUGGUGAAGGCCAACACCACCACCAUUUCCUUCCAAAAGAGGCAAGCUCUGGGUAAGGCAGAGUCUCUCUCUCUCUCUCUCUCUCUCUCUCCCUUCUCUUUCAUCUCCUGACUUGAAUGUGCCUUGGGGGUUUGCUUUGGACCAAGUGCAGUGACGUAUCUGGAGAACAACAGGGCGGGCAUCACGGUCUUCGGGUUCAUGCUGGACAGGUCAUGGCUGCACAUGAUCUUCGGCGUGGAACUGUCCCUGGUCCUCUGGCUCCUGGGGAAGACAGUCGGCUUCUCCUAG